CACUUCUUCGAGACUUUCUUCUUCUCCCUUUCGGCGAGGCCCUGCGGAAUACGGGGGAAGAAGUACGUCAUCGGCUCCGACGACUUUUAAGCUGCCUUAUUUCGGCGACUCGCGGUGGUCCUUCGUGCCUUCGUUUACACCGUCACCUAGCAAUGGAGAUUGCGCCGGUGGCCGCGUCUUCGAUCGACAGAGAUGCUGUUAACGAUGCCGCUUCUGUUGAUGCAGUUCAAGCAUCGUCUUCGUCGCCGGAUUCUGUACCAGGGAAAGAGGCGAACUUGUCCACGUCUUUUCCCGGACCUAAGUAUGACGAUGAUGAAGAGGAAGAGGACGUCUGCCGGAUCUGUAGGAACCCUAGAGAUGCGGAUAAUCCGCUAAGUUAUCCUUGCGCUUGCAGCGGCAGCAUCAAGUUUGUUCACCAGGAUUGUCUCCUUCAAUGGCUGAAUCACAGCAACGCCCGUCAGUGCGAGGUUUGCAAACAUGCAUUUUCCUUCUCCCCUGUUUAUGCUGAGAAUGCUCCAUCAAGGCUACCUUUUCAGGAAUUUAUUUUUGGAAUAGCAAUGAAAGCUUGCCAUGUCCUGCAAUUCUUUUUACGUCUCAGUUUUGUGCUUUCUGUUUGGCUCCUCAUCAUACCUUUCAUUACGUUUUGGAUAUGGCGGCUGGCUUUCGUGAGGAGUUUUGGGGAAGCCCAGAGAUUAUUCUUGAGUCACUUGUCUGCUACCGUUGUUCUUACUGAUUGUCUUCAUGGCUUCCUACUUUCUGCUAGCAUUGUAUUUAUAUUUCUUGGAGCUACCUCCUUGAGAGAUUACUUCAGGCAUUUACGGGAGCUUGGAGGUCCGGAGGGCGAGCGAGAAGAUGAUGCAGAUAGAAAUGGAGCUCGUGCUGUAAGAAGACCUCUGGGACAAGCUAAUAGAAAUUUUGCUGGUGAUGCAAAUGGUGAAGAUGCGGGUGGAGGCCAAGUCCUUGCUGGAGCAGGUCAAAUAAUUAGGAGGAAUGCGGAAAAUGUUGCUGCUCGGUGGGAGAUGCAAGCUGCUCGUCUUGAGGCUCAUGUCGAACAGAUUUUUGAUGUGGAUGAUGCUGAUGGUGCAGAAGAUGUGCCUUUCGAUGAGCUUGUUGGCAUGCAGGGUCCUGUGUUUCAUUUAGUUGAGAACGCAUUCACAGUUUUAGCCAGCAAUAUGAUAUUUCUUGGUGUUGUUAUCUUUGUGCCCUUUACAUUAGGUCGGAUCAUACUUCAUUACAUAUCAUGGCUUUUCUCUUCAGCCAGUGGUCCAGUUUUCUCGACGGUGAUGCCAUUUACGGAGUCAGCUCUCUCCUUGGCAAAUAUCACAUUGAAAAAUGCAUUGACAGCUGUUGCAAAUUUGUCAUCAGAUGGUAAAGAAAGUGGUCUACUUGAUCAGGUUGCAGAAAUGUUGAAAGUCAACUCCAGUACACUAAACAAUGUCUCAAACAACAUAACUGCUCCACUUUCGGUGGAUCUUUUGGAACGGGCAGCUACUGGAACAUCGAGGCUUUCUGAUGUUACAACUCUUGCUGUAGGCUACAUAUUUAUAUUUUCUUUAGUUUUCUUCUAUCUUGGGACUAUUGCUUUGAUUCGAUAUACUCGAGGAGAGCCUUUGACUAUGGGAAGGUUGUAUGGCAUCGCAUCUGUCGCCGAAGCCAUCCCCUCUCUCCUUAGGCAGUUCAUGGCAGCGAUGAGGCAUUUGAUGACCAUGGUUAAGGUUGCUUUCCUUUUGGUCAUAGAACUUGGGGUAUUUCCCUUGAUGUGUGGUUGGUGGCUUGACAUUUGUACUGUUAGGAUGUUUGGAAAGUCAAUGGCUCAGCGCGUUCAGUUCUUUUCAAUUUCUCCUCUAGCAAGCUCAUUGGUUCACUGGGCUGUUGGCAUUGUAUAUAUGCUACAAAUAAGCAUAUUUGUCAAUCUUCUUCGAGGGGUUUUGCGCAGUGGAGUUUUGUAUUUUCUUCGUGAUCCAGCUGAUCCAAAUUAUAAUCCUUUCCGAGAUUUAAUUGAUGAUCCAAUGCACAAGCAUGCUCGCAGGGUUCUUCUAUCUGUUGCAGUGUAUGGAAGUUUAAUUGUAAUGCUGGUGUUCUUACCUGUCAAACUUGCUAUGAGGAUGGUUCCCUCCAUUUUUCCUCUUGAUAUAUCGGUAUCGGACCCCUUCACAGAGAUUCCAGCUGACAUGCUUCUCUUUCAAAUCUGCAUUCCUUUUGCUAUUGAGCAUUUUAAAUUGAGAACAACAAUCAAAUCCCUUCUCCACUGCUGGUUUACUGUGGUUGGUUGGGCCCUUGGAUUAACAGAUUAUUUACUUCCCAGAACUGAAGAAAACGUUGGCCAGGAAAAUGGGAAUGGAGAGCAGCCUGGGUUGCAAGAAGAACUGCAGGUGGUACGUCUAGGUGCCCUGGAACAGGCUUUGGUGGCCCAUGCCGCAGCUAACGAGCCAAACCAAGUUGUUCCUGCAUCUGGGAACUUGACUAACGAGGAGUAUGAUAACGAAGAGCAGUCUGAUUCAGAGAGGUAUAGCUUCGCUCUCCGCAUUGUCCUUUUGUUGGUUGUGGCAUGGAUGACUCUUCUUGUCUUCAACUCAGCAUUGAUAGUGGUACCAACAUCACUUGGACGGGCACUUUUCAACGCCAUUCCGCUUCUUCCCAUCACACAUGGUAUCAAGUGCAACGAUAUGUAUGCUUUUGUCAUCGGGAGCUACGUUAUUUGGACGGUGAUAGCUGGUGCCAGAUAUUCCAUUGAAUAUGUUAAAGCAAGGAGGGUGACUGUUUUAUUGGGCCAGAUAUGGAAAUGGUUUGCCAUUGUCGUCAAGAGUUCUGCACUUCUGUCAAUUUGGAUCUUCCUCAUUCCAGUAUUGAUUGGCUUGUUAUUUGAGCUUCUGGUCAUUGUGCCUAUGCGAGUUCCAGUGGAUGAAAGCCCAGUUUUCCUCUUGUAUCAGGACUGGGCAUUGGGCUUAAUUUUUCUUAAGAUCUGGACUAGACUGGUAAUGUUAGAUCAUAUGAUACCUCUGGUGGAUGAUAGUUGGAGAGUGAAGUUUGAAAGAGUUAGAGAAGAUGGCUUCUCCAGGCUGCAAGGGUUCUGGGUUUUGAGGGAAAUAGUUGUUCCAAUCAUAAUGAAGCUACUGACAGCACUAUGCGUACCGUACGUACUAGCUAGAGGAGUGUUUCCUGUGCUCGGCUACCCGCUGAUUGUCAACUCAGCUGUUUAUCGAUUUGCUUGGAUUGGAUGCCUUUGUGUUAGCAUGUUGUGUUUUUGUGCCAAGAGAUUUCAUGUAUGGUUCACCAACCUUCACAAUUCCAUUCGCGACGAUCGUUAUCUCAUCGGUCGUCGACUCCAUAACUUCGGUGAAGACUCUGGAGAGAAGCAAAGAGAUGUGGGGACUUCGUCCGAGACACAAGAUGUUCUGCUGGGCACCGCCCAUGCAGCAGCAGCUGGGGAAGGAUUGCGGCAGAGACAUGUUGUUGCUAACUGAUACAAUGUAUAUUUAUUUCAAUGUCUCGGCUGUGUUUGAUGGUUUUGAGGCCCCAAAUUGGGCUAUAGUCAGUUUUUUGGUAUGUGCAUAUGCUAUCUCUCUUAAGAUCCACACAUUUCCAUUCAUUCGCCUUUCUAGCUGCACGAUGUUAUGUCUAUGAAAUUUCGAAUACAGGGCUUUCUAUGAUUUA